AUGGCAAGCAGCAGCAGCGGUAGCCAUAGCGGCAGCAUCGACAACAAAGACGACGAUGAUAUCAACAACAAUAACAACAACAGUCCGGACAUUUUGAUAGGCUUAGAACACUCUGGAAAGUCUUUUGAUAUCAGCCAUCCUAUGGAAUGGCUAGAAGAAGAAGACCUGAACGAAGAAUGGAUCCCAGACCCUGGCCAGUCACUCCGCGCAGAACAAAAAAGGUCUUCUUCUUCUGUCGAUGGAGACUCCAGCCAUGGUGCAGAGUCUACCAAAGCUACAGCCAUUGGGAGCGGUGCAAGUACUGACAUAAUUGGUGUCCGGUCUCCCAUAGGCACCGUCACUAACGCAAACAUGGGGACAGUAAUUAAUAUUAACAGCAACAGCAACAGCAACAGUCAUGGUAGCAGUACAAGCCAUCGUACAUUUACUGCCACGUCAAUGCCUGGAACCGUAAUUGAAGGAGGGAUUUCGGCCACGGCCGGGUCUGAAGACGAUAUGAGCACGACCAAGCUACAUAACCAGAAACAAAAUUCAACCAACGGUCCGAUGGGAACUGGACCUCUGGGAGCAGCAAAACCUCGCAAAAAUAAGGUCAGAGCACAAACUCCACAGUGGAAAAGACGGAUGCAAAAGAAUAACAUUUUGCAACAACAGCAACAACAUCGUUCCGGAGCAGGUAAUCAAUCUUCUGGCCAGCCGGCGUUCCAGCAGUUGUUUGAUCCUCCGACAGUUGACCAUCGCAUGGCGCACCGUAAUAGUAGCAUUUAUUUGCAGGCGUAUCAAGAACAACAACAAGAACAACUAGAACAAAAACAAAAACACCAACAGAAGCAGAAGCAGCCACAACAACAACAACAACAACAACAACAACAACAACAACAACAACAACAACAACAACAACAACAACAACAACAACAACAACAACAACAGCAACAGCAACAUUCGAAUGUAAGCAGUAACGACACAAGCCUUGACCAAACAAACUCGUAUAGCAGUCCAAAUAAAAGCUCUGAAUACUCUGAGGAUGGAGUAGCCAUGGUUCCGCACUCACGUGCCGUUUCAAACACUACUACUACUACAACUGAAUCUUCUGCCUCGCGUCUUAAACUUUUCGCACGCAAUGAUGCGUACACUAAUGCGCGGCUCGAUGACCUUUUGGGUGCAUUUGGGGCCGAUGGAAGCCCCGAGGGGAAAGAGAAUCGAGAUAUUUUAGAGCAUCUACAACAUGCCGAGUCUGAAGGUCAUGCUGAUGAGGAAUAUGAAGAUGACGAUGACGACUACGAUGAUGACGACGAUUAUGAAGAAGAAGAAGAAGAAGAAGAUGAAGAAGAGGAAGAGUUAGGGGAAGAAGAAGGAGAAUACGAAGACGAAAGUGAAUAUAUUGAAGAAAGCGGCGAUUAUGAAGAAUCCAGCGAUAUUCACGCUCCAUCCAACAUGGAUACGCAAAAGUAUUCAACAGUGUCUUCUUCAAAGUACGAAACUCGCAACUCUGCAGAUAGACGUGGGUUCACCACACAGGACUUUUUCGACGGAGCUGACCAAAUUAUGGCCAAAAUCCGGCUCCAAAUCCCUCCAUCAUACUCAUCCAACACUGGCAGCGUGUUUGCAGCAGAGAGCGAGGAGGUUGAGUAUACAACAUCUUCGUAUGCUUCUGAAACAGAAACUUCGUCUGUGAUUGCAGCUAAACUUAUCAAUGGCACCGGAAAUGUGAGUGCAUCUUUUAAUGCAACAAGUACCCCAAACUCGGCAAGCAAUGCUAACUUGCCUAUGGUUGCUCGAGUUGCUAACGGUGGAUCAUCAACGUCAACUGCUUCAAGGCCUUUGUCUCCAUCAAGAUACCCAUCUGUAAUUAUUCAUUCUCAAAAUCAAGAAAAAGAAAAAGAAGAAAAAGAAAAAGAGAAGGAGGUUUCACAACAGCGACAGCAGCAGCAACAUUUACAAAGCCCAGUUCACCCGAGAUCUAAUACAAGCUCAGCACCUCAAUCACCUGAACGACAGGGUCGCCGCAACAUGGGUGUCAUUUUGCGGACAGACGAAGUGGCCAUGGCUAUUCCUAAAACAGUGGGGUCUAUGAAGUUUGAUUCUAAGGCUCUAGCGUGGUACAAAGUCAGCGAUAAACAUGGUGAAGGUCACCACCAUCAUCAUCACCACAAUAACAAUAACAAUAACAAUAAAUAUAGUGGCAAUCACAUCAACAACAAUCACACCAACAACAAUCACAUUAAUCAUAAUAAUCACAACAACCGCAACAACAAUCCUCAUCAAACGCCUCGCCAUGGAUCUCGAGAAACAAAUAACGGGACACUAAGAGCAGCCACUGUGACUAGCAAGAUAUUGUCUUUGGAUGGAGGGACCGCUAAGUACAAGAGUAAUACAGUAUCGACAAGUGCAACAACAGCGACUCCUAACUUUAAUUCGUACUCUUCUGAGGAAGUGGACGUUUUCUCCGGAAUUGACGACCUAGAAAGCUCGCGUGGCACUCAAGCUUACAUGAAGGACAAACGGGGGCCGCGACCAAUGCCUCCACAGCUGUCUUCUUCGUUACCUUCAACUGCAAAAGUGAGAAAUACCAGUGACCAUAGUUCGGUAAAUUCUCUACGGACCACCAAUACUAAAACAAACACAGAAGCCACAUCUGUAACUUCCGGAUCGGUGCACUCGGAUUACAUGACGGAACAGAUUAAGAAAGUGGCACUUCAACCGUCACACAUUCCCGUAGCCACGGAGCAGCACCAACAUUUCCAGCAUCAUCACCAUUAUCAUCGGCCACUGCCAAGUGUACCUCAACAACAACAACAACAUCAUCAUCAUAAUAAUAAUCAGCAUCAUAAUCAUAAUCAUAAUCAGCAUCAUUACAAUCAACACCAGCAUUUACAAAAUCAUCACCACCAGCAUCAAUCACUAGACCCAAUUGCAGAAAGAAGCACAAACACACCUGAGGAAUCCAAGACUGCACUACCACAGGCCAAUUCUUCGGAAACUACAGCCGUUGCAGGAGGUGGAGGGUCUAUAAUAGGUCCCUUUGCGAAAUCUGCAGAUGUUGAUCAUCAUACUAUCUUGACACUUGAUCAAGGCGAGAAUGAAAGUGAAUAUAAGCACGACCACGACUACGACCGCGAGCAUACAAGUGGUGGUAGUGGUGAUGGAGGGUACUCACAAAGCAUUUCCUUUUCCAUGGCAAGGCCCACUCACGAUGGCAUUAAGCUGGCCAACCGCUUGUUCCAGGUAUUUGGUCGGUCUGUGACUGGGUUUACAGAAACACCAACAAUGGCAGGCCGCAGUAAUGAUGUGAGUCUCAAUGCCCCAGAUGAGGUAUCGUACUUGCAGUUGAAGAACGACGGGUUGGAGAAACACCAACUACAACAACAACAACAACAACAACAACAACAACAACAACAACAACAACAACAACAGCAACAACAACACCCUGGGGUGGCCACUACAGGCGCUGAUGAUUCAACAAGACAUGCCCGCUCAGGAUCAAAUACUCCUCGAAACACUACACGCGUAUCUAUGAUUGGCGAUCUGUCGUACCACCACAAUAAGUCUCGGCUUGUCCAAGUGUUAACCGAUCGGUACCAACCUGGGUCGUUUUCAGCUCUGGACUCUGGAAGCCCUAGUGACGAGAGUCUUUCAAAUAUUGGUGUUGUGUCGUGGGAUACUCUUACCCAUGUGAAUUUAUCAAGUUCUGAUUUGGAUUCACUGAUGGAUCUUUCUGCAAUUUGUCCGCGGUUGUAUGAGCUCAAUGUUUCGCGCAACAAACUGACCAACAUCUUGGGGAUUCCUUCGUCUGUACGUGCCCUUAAUGUGUCUCACAACAAACUUACGAAACUUGCAACAAUUGGUGGUCUUCGAAGACUCACAAAGGUAAGGUAUUUGGACUUGUCCUAUAACCCGGAGAUGUGUGCCCUUGUUGGGGUUGCACAUUUGACCCAGCUCACAGAGCUUAAUGUGGAGGGCUGUGGGAUCCGCAGUGUGUCAAUAUUUCCUGGGGAUUUGGAGGAUGAUGUGCUUUCUGGGCAUGACGACAAGUACGACAAUUAUAAAAAUGAUGACGGCAACAACAACAACAAUAAUAAUAAUAAUAAUAAUCAUGAACGUGCAGGAUCUGGGUUUGCAACAGAAUUGUUUGAAUUGCAAACACUUAAGCUAAACAAAAAUAAAUUGUCAGGCACACUUGAUCUCAAGUAUGGCACAGGGUUUGGGGCCCGAUCGCGGUUGUCAUCACUGGAUUUGCGUGAAAACAGAAUCUCUUCUGUGGUUAAUGUAUUUUCCUUGCCGCAGUUGACGUGUUUGAAUCUUGAUGAUAAUCUUUUGACUGAUUUGAAAUUUUCCAGUACCAAAUUGGUACGCGCAGUUAAACCUACAGAUUCUAAUGGAGAGGAGAGGGCAGGAACUGGAGUCUCCAUGAUACCCUUGGACAAUAAUAAACCCGGAAUUGUAAAUGGCAAGUCUUUACUUAGACUCUCUGCUCGCAACAAUUUACUGGGCCAAGCUAGUAAGAAUCCUAAACGGGACCUUCGCCUGGACUUGGUUCCAAAUCUGAGAGUUCUUCAUCUUGAGUACAAUGCAGGGUUAAAGCUAGGCCAUGUGGUUGAGAGUCUGGAACGUGGGGCCGAUGAUGAAGCGUUGUCCACAACUGCUGUAAUCAAGAGUGGCUUGGAAACGCUGAGCAUUCAUUUCUCUGGAAUGCCUGAUCUUGCAAAAGAUAGUGGAGAGAAGUCAAUAGCCCAUGGGUCAUGGACACAGCUUGGGUUUCUGCGAAAUGUCAAGGAUUUACGAUUAAUUCCAUGGACGACUUCUCGGCCGCACAAUUUGUCUAAAGUUGAUCGACCUGAGAACUUGCCACGCGCGCUUGUUCCGUCCUAUUUUAUGAAUCUUCAAACAUUAGAACUUCCCGGCCAAGGUCUCACGGGGCUAAGCCCUGAGUUUGCCGACUGCGUUCCAAAUCUACGUGUGGCCAAUUUUGCACUCAAUGCCUUAUCAGACGGUGACUUGAUUAAUGUUUUUGGAAUGCGCAUGCCACUUCUCGAGCGAUUAUUUCUAUAUGGUAACAAGGUGCGUGAUCUGGAUGCAGUUGCCACGUUUCUUGCGGCGAAAAAACAACGCGUUGGAGCAAAUGUCCAUGCAGACCCAGCACACCCAUCGCUUGAGAUCUUGGACCUUCGAGGGAACCCUGUCACGGCAAAAAUUUAUCCAGAUGUUGUGCAAACGUUACGAUCUGCGAGUGCUGCUACUAAUGCAAUUGGAACAGAGCUAGAGGGUGUCGAGCGGGCUGAAAGAAGCGCAGUUGUUGCUGAAGUGGAGGUUGGGUCUGAGAGAAGCAGUACUGGAGGGUAUUUUCAAGGCCAACAGCAACAGCAGCAACAGCAGCAACAGCAGCAACAGCAGCAACAGCAGCAACAGCAGCAACAGCAGCAACAGCAGCAACAGCAGCAACAGCAGCAGCAGUAUCACCAGAGACAUCAUAGUCGACAAGAACAGCGGCGGCGGCGACGACGUCACGUUGUUGCAACAGUUUUGGAAGCAUUUAGCAGAAGUGAUGGAAAAGGUGAGGAAAGAGGAAGGUUUUCAUCAUCAUCAUCAUCAUCAUUGUCUAGGCAUGUUUCAGAACAGCCGCGCCAAGCGAGGAGCUCCUCGGCAGCCACAGCAGCCGUUUCGAGUGCACAAAAGUCUUUGUCAUCACGGUCUAGAAGACCAGGAGAUGGAAGUAAUAGGCAUGGAGAAAGUGUGGUCAAGACAAGUGUGGCGAGCGUGUAUGUUGAUGCUCUGGGCGGUCGUGGGCAACGAAUUUGGCGGUCUGCAGAUGCUGCAUUUUUGGAGCAUGUUGCUUUGGUUGAUAAUAGAGGGAUUGAUGGAGAUGAAGAUGAGGAUAAAGAAGAAGAAGAAGAAGAAGAAGAAGAAGAAGAACAAAAAGAAAGAGAUUAUAAGAAUAAAGAUGUAAUGGGGGUUUAUGAACGUCGUGUACGAUAUUGGGCGGUGGUUCUUGUGGAAGGUCCGCGGUCACUUAAAUGGCUUGAUGGGCACUCAUUGACUUCUGGGCUGUGCAAGAAGGUAAUGGAUGCUUUUGAGGAGUUUUUUGAGUCUCAGGACUUUUAA